GCGUCCCGGAACCGCCUCCGAGGCCCGGGCAAGGCCGCCCAGCCGUGCGCCCCCCAACCUUCCCCGUCCGGGCGGCCCGCCAAACUUUGGAGGAAGAGGGGGCGAAACGGAGCGUGGGAGAGGGAGUUCCCGGCCCAGGGAAAACUCCACGCAGGCACCCGCAGUCCCUAGACCCAGCCCGCACCCAGAUUCACAGCUGCCAGGUACUCGCAGCUCAUCAUCAUGCAAGCCACAGACACAUCGCGCACUCGCUCUGAGCACACGCCACACGGACUCCGCACACCGCGCAGGCCGAAAUGUACAAUUCCGGGGGCGCCAGGGUUUGGAUGUUUAGACCAAGCAUGCCCUCUUCCCGCCUGCCCUCAAGUAAAUCCACGGUCUUUGUCUGCAGCCCCCCCAGUGAGGAGCCCCCACAGCGUGAUGGGCCAGGGAAGAGCUGUCUUGUCUUUACAAGUCGUGGCCGGCACCCCGAGGCUAGAAGUGGGGAGGGGGAAACCAGACACUGCAGUUGGAUCUCGGGGUUCGGCAGAAGCGAGUCUGGUGUGGAAAGUCCGUGUCUUGGUGAUGUGUCUGGGUGUGCGCAGCCCUUCCGGAGGCGAGGCCGGGAGAGAGGAGGGAGUGAUUCAUAAAACUCAGACCCGGCAUGCUGGGCUCUGAGCAGAGUGGAAAAAGCAGCAGGCCAAUGCUGCCCUGCGCGGGACAGCUGGGUGGUGGCAGUGACAGGGCUUGUGAGGAAAGCACACAGACCCUCCCCCCACCCCGGGCGGAUGUGCUUCCUCAGAGGGACUUCCAGGAGGACCAGCGAGGAGAUUCCAGCCCUGGAUGGGUGUGUCAACCGGGGUGGGGGACGUUUAAGGCUCCCAAGGUCUUGAAGAAACCAGGGCAGUGCUGGAGCCCUUCUCAUUUUCACUGCACCUGAAGCUGUGUUUAUUUUCAGGUGCCCUAGUGUGCUGGGGCCCUGGGAUAUUUCAAGGAUUGUCCUGGACCAAGCACAGUGCUUGGCACACAGCUGGUACUCAAUGAGUAGUUGUUUGAUGAUUAAUGGCACCAAUAUUAACGUUCGCUAAGGACUCACUGUGAGCCAAGCCUGGUGGCCUCACCUGGGUUGGAUUUGGUGUUCCUGCAGAGGAGGCGGCCCUGAGUGGUUCCAGGGAGCCCUGCCUGAGCUGUCUGGAGAAGCGGCCCCAGCAGUGUCUUCCACUGUGCCCUGUGGGCUGGCCCUGCGGUCUUGAAUCUCAUCAUUGACCUAUGCUCCCCUAAGAGGGGCAGCAGGAAAGCCUCCAUGUCUAUACCUGGCUAAGCAGGGGAUGGUGUUGCACGCUUCUUCCUGGCUCCUGCUGGCCUGGCUGGAAAUGGGUCUCACAAAAGGUCUAGGGGCUGUGUCCUCCAGCAGGGGCUUGGCUCGGGUGGCAGCAGGUGGAGGGGGGUAGUCGCAGUCCCUGUACCGAAUGUUGGGCGGGUUUCUGUGUGCCCGCGGGCGUGCCUUUCCCAGAGGAGCUGAAACAUCUCAUGUUCCCGGAACUGGGAUCGCAAGCAGUCUUGGGAGUGCUUCCCUACCGGCAUGGGAUUGAGAGGGUGCAAGGGUAUGGGACAAGCUGGCCGAGGAAUCACAAAGAGAUGUGUCAUUCCCCUGCCCCUUUGUGAAUAGGUUCAGUCUGCAUUUCGAGCUUCUACAUGGCCUAAAUGCUGAAAUUAGCAGAGCACGUGGGCAGCACCAGAACUAUGUGGGUGGCCCCAGGUGAGAGAGGGAGUGAACUGGACCUGGCCACCUCCUGUUUCGGGUGGCGUGCCACAACCAGUGCUUCCCCGUAUCACCUUCCCACCUUGUGUCUUCUGUGAAUCAAGAGCCCUGCAUACGUUAUCUCAUUAAGCCUUUCCAUCCCUGUGAAGUUAGCAUUUUGUGGCCAUUUGGCAGAUUAGGAAACCGAGGCUCAGAAAGUUACGUAACUUUUUCGAAGUCGCACUGCUGACGAGGCACAAAGCUGGGAUUUGAACCUGGACGGUCUAACUCUGGAACUCACGCUGUCUCCACCAUGGGAGGCUGUCUCCAAGGUCCCUACUGGUUCUCCAUGGCAACAAAGAAGCCACACUGGCUACUUACUUGCUAACGUGGUCCUGGGGCCUCUGACUGCAGUCCUUUUUCCACACUCUCUGCCCAGACUGGGCUACACCAUGGGCCAUGGGAAAUUAAACUCUGGGUGGCUUCAGGCCUCUGGAGCCUUCCGUGUAGAGCUGGAGUUGGGAAAUGAUGAGAGAUUUGGAAGUGAAUUGAGGGAGAUGUUGCAGUAAUUCCAGUGAGAGAUGAUUUGCUGCUUCUCCGAGAAGACAAAGCUGUCACUUGUGACCAUACAACUCAUAAGUUUGGGUUUGGGAGAAAUUGCCAGGUAGACAUCCUCAGAUGGUAUUUCCUUUUUUUUUUUUUUUUUUUUUUUUUUUUUUUUUUUUCCGGCCCUCACCAGAGUGGAAAUCUGUUAACACGGGGAAAUCAGUCCUCACCUGCCCCCGCCUGCCUGGUGAAGAUAGAGGGACAUGUUGUGGCUGUCCUUCCUACACCUACCAUGUGCCCCGGGGCAGUUUCUGGUCCCCAAGAGAGAUGGGUGGGACAGAGCUGGGGUGGGGAGUGAUAAUGCAUGGCUCACCUGGUCCCUAGCUUAUGCUUUCCCACAUGGGCCCCACAGGGACAGCGGUUAUCAACCCCACUUUACAGAUGAGGAAGUGAGGCUCAGAGAGGUGCAGUGGAUGCCCAAGGUCACGAAGCUAGGAGCCGGCAAGCUAUCUGCCUUCAGGCCCCCCUGCAGGCACUUAGGGGCCGCCAUGGUCUCAGUCUGGUUUGUACUGUGUACCCCCCAAGGGCUGAGAGGGCUACCUCUCACUGCUCUGCCCACUCCCAUCUCCGGCCAGCAUGUCUAUGGUACGGGAAAAACUGGCAACCUUAGAAAAAGGAGCAACUACCCAGCUGGCCCCUCCCACCUUCCCCAGCAAGCCCACUGGGGUGAGCUCCGUGAGCCUUGACAGUGUUGAACUGCAGGUAUCGGCAUCGUCUUCUGGCUCCAUUGUGGAGUGGACACGCCGUCCAGGAUAGAGGUUGGGAGACUGGGUGUGGGGAGAAACUGCCCCACCCAAGGGACAGGGGCUGUUCGUCUGUGCACCCUGGCUCCAUCCCAGUGUCUGAGACGUGGAGGCACUUAGGAACACUGUCAGGUGAUGGGUGAAGCCCAGGGAGCGGCUGCGGGCGAGCACCUCUGCUGGGAAGUCAUAAAGCAAGGGGAGCCAAGGGAAUCUUAGCUGGAAUCUUAGCCGUGAGGAAACCCAGAAGUCUCUGCGCGUCAUGAAGUCACGUAGGAGGAAAAGAAAACAGCUCUCCUUUUCAUUCCUUAAAUAGAAAUAAGAAAUAAUGUCACCUUUUCUUCCCUGACGACUAACUAGAUGAUAGAAUGCUGCUUGUCCUGCCCUGAGCACGUGGCUUCCUCAGCUGGGUGUGGGGUGGUCCCUGUUGGGCUGGACAGUCUGUUCUGCGCUUGGAGGGGGACACACUCAGUCUUUGGCUCCAUUGCCCCAAAUCUGGCUGCUUGCUCCCCCUGCCCUUAUCCACCACCAUGGAGAGAGAGGUGGCAGGCAGGCCAUGGGAGCGCCCGGCCACCCGUAGCUUCAUAUCCACCCUCCAUUCCUCACCCUCUUGUCUCUCCCCUCCAUGUUUCCCUCCCUCCCCUCCUCUCCCCUGCUCCACAAAGAUGUCUGUGUGCUGAAGGACUGUGGGUUUCUCUAGGCCCUGGGAAAUUUAUCACUGGGGUUCUAGAGGACUCUGAAAAGGAUUUGGAGGAAAGUGUGGAAAAUAAAUAAGCCAGGUCCUAGUUCAGCGUCUCCUAAAUACCACAAGUAAACAGCCAUCUCGAAGGCCAGCCUGGGAAGCACUGUUCUGGCCUCCCGUGGUUACACCUGGCUUACUGGCUGCUUUCACCAGCCCCCUCCUCCCUAUCCCCUCCCUGUCCAGCCCCUCCUCCUUGACUUUGGGAGCCUCAAAAGUCAGGGAACACACCGGGCCACCGGGCUGUCCUUAUGCUGCGGGAGGCUGGCACACUGGCCACCGGGACCAGGAGGAACAUGUGGGAGAAAAGUCCGCCUAGGGUUCCAGCUCAACCCUGUGCCAUCUGAGCAAGUCUCGGCCUUGGUCCCACUCAGCGAGGCAGAAGGUGGUCUCUCUGUUGGACAAGGGUGUCCCCCACCUGAAGACGCGGAGCCAGGUCCUGAGCGAUGCUCCUGAGCUGAGCGCCCACGGGCCCCCUCUUUCCCCAUGGAGAAAGGACUCGCUUUCCCCCAGGACUGCCGGGACUUAUUGCACAGCCUGAGGAUGAAGAGCAAAUAUGCCCUUUUCCUGGCUUUUGUGGUGGUGGUUUUUGUCUUCAUUGAAAAGGAAAAUAAAAUCAUAUCAAGGGUGUCAGACAGGCUGAAGCAGAUCCCACAACCCCUGGCAGACGCCAACAGCACCGACCCAGCCCUCAUCUUGGCCGACAAUGCGUCCCUUCUAUCCCUGAGCGAGCUCGAUUCAGCCUUCACCCAGCUGCAGGGCCGCCUGCGAAACCUCAGUCUGCAGCUGGGUGUAGAGCCAGCAGCGGAGGCCGCCGCCGGAGCCCAGGGGGAGGUGGAGGCCAAGGCCAAGGAGCCACCCCGACCCCGCGAGGCCCGGCCGCGGCGCCACGUGCUCCUCAUGGCCACCACCCGCACCGGCUCCUCGUUCGUGGGCGAGUUCUUCAACCAGCAGGGCAACAUCUUCUACCUCUUCGAGCCGCUGUGGCACAUCGAGCGCACCGUGUCCUUCGAGUCGGGAGGCGCCAACGCCGCGGGCUCGGCGCUCGUCUACCGCGACGUGCUCAAGCAGCUGUUCCUGUGCGACCUGUACGUGCUGGAGCACUUCAUCAGCCCCCUGCCGGAGGACCACCUGACCCAGUUCAUGUUCCGCCGCGGCUCCAGCCGCUCCCUGUGCGAGGACCCCGUGUGCACGCCCUUCGUCAAGAAGGUCUUCGAGAAGUACCAUUGCAAGAACCGUCGCUGCGGGCCCCUCAACGUGACGCUGGCGGCCGAGGCCUGCCGCCGCAAGGAGCACAUGGCCCUCAAGGCCGUGCGCAUCCGGCAGCUGGAGUUCCUGCAGCCGCUGGCCGAGGACCCCCGGCUGGACCUGCGCGUCAUCCAGCUGGUGCGCGACCCGCGCGCCGUGCUGGCCUCCCGCAUGGUGGCCUUCGCCGGCAAGUACGAGGGCUGGAAGAAGUGGCUGGCCGAGGGGCAGGCGCGGCUGGGGGAGGAGGAGGUGCAGCGGCUGAGGGGCAACUGCGAGAGCAUCCGGCUGUCGGCCGAGCUGGGCCUCCGGCAGCCGGCCUGGCUGCGCGGCCGCUACAUGCUGGUGCGCUACGAGGACGUGGCGCGCUGGCCGCUGCAGAAAGCGCGCGAGAUGUACCGCUUCGCCGGCAUCCCCCUGACGGCGCAGGUGGAGGACUGGAUCCGCAGGAACACGCAGGCGGCCCAGGACGGCAGCGGCAUCUACUCCACGCAGAAGAACUCCUCGGAGCAGUUCGAGAAGUGGCGCUUCAGCAUGCCCUUCAAGCUGGCGCAGGUGGUGCAGGCCGCCUGCGCCCCGGCCAUGCACCUGUUCGGCUACCGGCUGGCGCGGGACGCCGCCUCCCUCACCAACCGCUCCGUCAGCCUGCUGGAGGAGCGCGGAACCUUCUGGGUCACGUAGGGGGGCCGGCGGCCGCGCGCGCCCCUCCUUGUGAAAGGCCCGCCCUGCCUUCCUCGCACCACCCCCUAGCGCCCCGCGGGCGGUGACACGGUGGCUCUCGCCGCCGAGGGCGGGCGGGCGGCGGCCACGCGCGGGGCAGGCCGCCCUUCCGCCGUAGAAGUAGGCCCCCCGCCAGCUAGCUCCCCCACUGCAGCCUUGGGCCCGGGGUCUCUCACCGAGAACAGGACAGUGCCCGUCCGUGAGGGCCGCCAGACCCAGACCUGAGGGGCUGCGUCUCCUGAGCAGGCUCCCCGCAGGCCUGGAACUUUUGACAAGCCUUUUUUUCUCUGUCACUGUCUCUGUGUCUCUCUCUCUCUCUCACACACACACAGACACACACACACACACACACACACACACACACACACAAGCAUACACCCAAAACUACAUAAAUGCCUGUAGACCCCGUGGGCCAGAGUCCAGAUGUUUAACCCAAAGGGGCUUUGGGCACCCACCAGCCACAGUCAGACCUUCUGCUGUACUCACUGUUCACAUGUCAGUCUCUGGAUUUCUACACAAUCCAGUGUGGAAUCUGCAUGGGUCUGAGGGGAGGGGCUGGAACAGCCCAGAAUGUCAGAGGAUGACAGCUAGGGCUUAUCAACGAAGAAUGAUUCAGUAUUUUCAUGAAUGGAAUCGCUGUGCGGGUCACUGACACCAGCCCUGCGUAGAGCUACAAAGCACACAUACACGUGUAAAAGACAGGUACCUACAUAUACCAGACACGGACACAGAAACAUCAUAGAAACACAAGUCCACACACCUACGCACAUACCCACCACAGGCUUCCCUGUUGCUUUAUGCCCACGGAAUUGAACUAUCACACACCUAAAGAGCAGCCUUUAAUUACAUUUUUAGAAUUACUUAGGGACAUGGAAGGAAACACAGUCAUGGGCCAUGACCCUGUUCUGACCAGGUUUAGGACUGAGCGGUGGAUACAGAACCUCCGAGUCUGCGGCCCCUGCCUGCCUUAGAUUCUCCUGGCUACCUCCUCUGGCCCAUGCACAUCCUCUCUGCUGGCAGGCAGGAUGUUUUGAAAUGAUGUGGCCAGUCCUCACAUGACUGCAGCCCAAAGGCCCCGUCCCGUCUCCACUGGCUCCCUGAGAGCGAGUCCAUAUUUGAAGGCUGCCUCAGGUCUGACUGGAGGCAAAAGGCAGCUGAGGAGUCCUGCCAUUUCCAGCCAGGCCUCGUGUGGGGCAGGGCCCAGAAGAGUGCAGAGUGCCCUUGGGGGAGAAGUCACAUCAGGAUACCCCUCCCCCGAGAAGACAGGGGACAGAGGUCAGCCUCAUGGUUGGUCACCAUGGUUACAUGUUCGUAUCUGUAAUUCCACCUUUUAGGGCCCUGGGAAAAGUGUUGCUCAACUUGGGGUAGGCUGGGUAUUUUAUCUGGGUGUUUUUUUUUUUUUUAAAGUUAUUUAUAGUUUGGUAUCUUGUUUUGUGGCUAUGUUUUUUUAUUUUGUUUCUACAGAAGUGCUGCGUGACAGCAAUCUGGGCUUUAGGGGGCUGGGAGGACCAGCAGGGAGCACUCUGGCUCUUGCUGGAGGGAGAAGAGGAGGAGGAAGAGCCUUUUCCCAGAAGGACCAGAGCCUGGGCGGCCACAUGGCAACCCACAGUGCCCCACGGGCGUUUCUGUUUGAACCCCAUGUGGAACGAAUCUCAGAAACCACCAGUGUUCUUUGCUGUGUGUCCAGAAGCAACAUAAAUUAGCCCUCAUCCUCUCCCUGAGACGAGGCCAGAUUUGAACAUCUCUUUCAGGUCCAAAUGCAUUUCCUGGGGGGGGGCAGGGCCUAGGCCAAGCAGCAGAUGCCCCCACAGUGGAGGUCCUUUUCUACCCCCAGCCCAAACUGGGGAGCAGAGCUCAGUCCACCCCAGAACUCGAAGAGCUGCCCCAGUUCACUAGGGCUGUUUCUGAUUUCCUGGACAACUUCUAUGUCAGAUCUAUCCUGUUGUCAAACCCAGAGGGCUGAGUUUUGGAUUGAGUAAUAUGGACAUGAGGGAAAGAGAGGAUCUGAGUCCAGCUGGUGCUGCCGUGGGGAAGGGAGGAGUGUGUCUGCCCAGCAGCUAGAAGCUGCUGUUUGAGACGGUGAGGACUGUAGCCAUUUUGUGGGGUCUCUCACAAUCACCACAUUUGAGCUGCUGGGUUUCCAUGAACUUCAAGUCGUUCAAGGAGGCCUCCAGUCUAGGCUCUCCAGUCCCGAAAUAAGUUGUGCAGGGAGCUGGCUCUGAUUUGGGGUCCAAAGGGACUCCAGCUCUGAAAACUUGACCCUGGGGCAGAGAGAGACCAGGAUGUUUCUGGAAGCCCGGAAGCACUAGCUGUUUUUCCCCUCCCCACACUGUUCCCCACACGGUUCCCCACCUGUGGUUGGUGGGGGCUGGGGCAGGGAUGGAGGCAGGUACCUCCAUCUGGGGCUCUUCUUGGGGCCCUCCUGGUGUGGACAGCAAACUUCUUCCUUCCUUCCUAUGCCUCUGAGGCCAAGGUCUCCACCCCUGAGCUCCGAGGACUGUGCGGAGAAUGGACCUUUGGGACUUCUCAGGACAUUGACAAUUUGUACACUGCAAGUUGACUUAAUUUAUUUAUUUUGUGACAAAGAAGAGACAUAAAAUACCUUAUUUUUUGCAGGGACGCAAAGCUGUACCCAAAUCAAGAAAGACAAAAUAAUACUAGAAACCGUUGACUCACUCCAUACACACAAGGACACUCGAAGACGAUUCAGAGCACAAGACUAAAACCAAGGGCACAGAGUUGUGCUGGCCCCAGGGUGUUGUUUAGGGAGGUACCUUGGUUUCUUCUUGUUGAUUUGAAGAUGCGGCAUUUAAGGCCCUUUCUGCUGUAUUACCUUUGCCCUGGUGUCUGAAACAGGGCACAACUCAAGCGAGUGUUGCCUUGGGACUCGGCAAUGCUCCCGGGAACCCUCGGGGUUUGGGGAAGGACGGGGUGGGGGCGACUACUGACUUUAUUCUAUGGGGGGCCUGGUUGGAGUUACGCACUUGUGGUUUUCAGCAGGCAGCUGGGCUGAGGAAGGUGGUCCAGCUGGGCCAGUGCCUCCUUUUCCAGUGAGGCCAGUCCGGGCUUCUCUACUCUUACUGCUCCAUCAGGAGCCUCUCCCCUGUAUGGUGUCCACCUGCCCGCAGACAGAGGGAGCAGCUGAGGCCUCACCUCUGGGGCUGCCGGCUUCCCCAGAACAAGAGGCCCAUUCAGCAAUGAGUGUUUACUCAUUUUCUUUUUCUUGAUGAAGACCUCUUUAGCCCGGCCUAUAUAAAUAGUUCAGAACAUUCCAGGCCUUGGUGAGACAGGGUAGUGUCUAACACCCACAGGCUGUCACCACUGCUGCCUAUUCCUGGCUUCUCCUCUGGCCUUGUUUGUAAACCUCGGAGAGGAUGAGGGCACCAGGUUGGGGGCAGGGGUCUUUGGGAACAGUCGGUGGGGAGCAGGGUUCCUGAGUCCCCACAGAGAGGAAAGAAAGCAGAUUCACAACUCUGUGGCACACCCCCACCUCCCGCAGUGGGUUAUCACCAAGUUAUUACUGAGAUUGAGAGACACGAACAAAUUCUAGCCUUUGGUCCCUUUAUGUGAUACACACACUUGAAAAUAAAUAACUAAAUGAAUAGAAAAAAAAAAAAAAGUUUACUGAAGAGUUUACUCCCCGUCUGCCAGUAUGCUCAGCCUGGAAGCUACUGCCAAAGGCCGGUCUAAUGGGGCAGCUGCCGACCGGACCCCUGAGAGCAGAGGGCCCACCCAACCCAUUCCAGUGACAUCUUUCCCCACCACCUCUGUCUUGUCCUUUGCCCUGUCUGAUGAUGAGUGAGAUCCAACAGGAGGUCAGGGGAUCCCUGUCCCAGAAGAAGGGGGCCUGGUCUAGAGACGGAAGCAUCAGGUGGUCUGGUCCCGACCCGGAAGGUCUCUUCCAGCCCUGGUGGUCCUCUCGCACAUUAGGGCCUAUUUUAAUUGCCUGUAGGGCCUGGAUUAUGGAGGACAGGAGCAGAAGACCAGACGGCUGCAUCUCUGAGGCCAUCCCUCGCUCCCAAUCCCAUGGCUGAGAACAAAGGCAGGUCCUGGGGGGAUGGAUUCCUGGGUUGGGGAGAGGUGGGGUGGGGAAGCAUGUCUGCAGAAACCAAGUAGGCCUUGCUGAUCUGUACUAAGUGAAAGGAGCACCCGCUGAAAUCCAGGGGUCCCAGGUUGGUGGGUUUGCUAGUGAAAACUCCCAGGACGUGGUCCGGCUGGACAAGAGGCAGAGGGCCCAGGGCUUCCCGAAUGCAACCAUAUCGCCUCUCAGCUGCCCACAGUUUCAGGAAUACUGGAAGCUGCUCUUUACCUCAAAAGGACAAAGCAGAAUUGGCAAAUUCAGAUGUCUUAAGAGCUUUGAGAUCCUUUGGUCUCCGUGUCCUCUGUCAUUCCAGGACUAUAUGCCUGGGGGACGAAUUGGUUGUAUGUGUUUCCACGGAUAUGAAUGUGGUGCCAGCCCCAUGGACCCAGCUCAUACUGUAGACCAGGUAUUUCAUUUGGGAAAAUACCCUGCUUCCUCUACCAUUGGGCUUGAACUGGGCACCCCUGGAGUCUCCAUCUCGUCUGUAUGUUCCAGGCCAGGUUCACCUGGCUCCCCUGCUCCCUCCUGGAUCCUGCAAACUCUGUCUUUUUUGCCAAGACCUCGACCCUGUGUCCUGUUUCAUGGCCACGUGGUACGGGACACUCCCUUCGUGGCCAUGUGUGGCCAAGGUGUGUACAUAAUGGUGUGUACGUUGCUCCCGCCCCCUUGCCAUCAGUGUCCCAGAUGUCCUUGCCGUGGCUACAAUCUGCCAUCUCCUGGAAACGCAGGGGCUGCCCUUCAGAGAGCUGGCGGCCACCGCCGGUCAGGGUCUGCUUUGCGGAACAGAAUGUGAACCCAUCACUUGAUGGCUUACUUGACUUAUUUAAUUAAAAACGAAAACAUGCAAUGAGCAAAAUCUGAA